AUGUACGAGCGCAAAGAACUUACGAGGAAGCAAGUAGAUGAUGUUCUUGGUGGUGAUGGUGCUUGGGAUAAUGUCGACCAGACGGCUACACAAUGCCCUGUGGAAUCUUGUGGCUUCGAUAAAGCCUACUUCUUCCAGCUACAAAUCAGAUCUGCUGAUGAACCAAUGACAACCUUCUAUAAGUGUACCAAGUGCUCUCACCAAUGGAGAGAGAACUGA